CCGCGCCCGCCGCCGCGCCCUGAGCGCCUUUGUCUGCCGCCCGCGCCGCCCGCCGCACCACUGGCCUCGCGGGCCCGCGCCGCGGCCGGGGGCGCGCCCAUGAAGAUGGAGCCGGGCCGGGCGGCCUUCCCCGCAGGCGGCCCGCGCCCCGACCCCGACCCUGAGCCGGGCGGGCCAGCUGCGCCCGCCCCGCGCCCGGGGCUCUGUCCGCCGGACCCCUCGGGAGGCGCGGAUGCGUCCUACCCCCUGCCUGGCCCAGCCGCGCGCCUGGCCCCCGAGCGCGGCCCGCUCCCGCGCUGGACUCCGGAGCCAGAGGACUGCGUCCCCGCCGGGUGCCCGGGGAGUGGGCUCCCUGGCGAGCAGGGCUGCGGGCACGGCCCCCGCGCAGGGCGCGAGGUCGCCCUCUUGGCCUCCUUACGCUCGCGCGCGGCGGGCGAGCUGGCGCUGGAGGUGGGUCCAGGGGCCGCGGCCGGGCCCUCGGACUCGGGCCAGGCCCGCACCGUAGCGAGCGAGCCCGCGGGGUGUGCGGAGGACGGCGCCCGCCUGCGGGCCGUGUUUGAGGCGCUGGACCGCGACGGGGACGGCUGGGUGCGCACCGAGGACUUCGCGCAGUUCGCCACGGCCUACGGGGCGGAGCAGGUGGAGGACUUGACGAGGUGCCUGGACCCAGGUGGGCUCGGUGUGAUCAGCUUUGAAGACUUCUGCCGAGGGAUCGCUGCGAUCAGAAACGGAGAAUCCGACUCCGACGGCCAGCUGUGCGGCCUCGCACCUGCCCAGGAUGAGGAGCCGGCCUGCCCUGACGAGUUUGACGACUUUGUUACCUUUGAGGCCAACGAGGUGACAGACAGCGCGUACGUGGGCUCUGAGAGCACCUACAGUGAGUGCGAGACCUUCACAGACGAGGACACGAGCGCGCUGGUGCACCCCGAGCUGCAGUCCGAGGGCAGCUCGGCUGUGCCUUCUGAGGGCCUGGACGCCAUGGAGGGGCCUGGCCGCGGUGCCCUGCUGCUACUACCGGGCAGACCCUGCCUGCACAGUCAGCCUGUCGUCAUGGCGAUCGGGGGCGAAGAGCACUUCGAGGACUACGGCGAAGGCAGCGAGGCGGAGCUGUCCCCGGAGACCCUCUGCGAGGGGGGCCGCAGUUGCCGGGAGUCUGUUCUUCCCGUCCCCAGUCCAACGAGGCGGCUCUCCAGCAGGAAGGUGGCAAGGCACCUGCACCAGUCGGGGGCCCUGACCAUGGAGGGCCUGCCGGAGCCUCCGCUGGACCCCGUGGAGAACAUGGAAGAAGACAUUGCUGACAAGGUGGUCUUCCUGGAGAAGCGGGUGUCUGAGCUGGAGAAGGACACAGCGGCCAGUGGAGAGCAGCAUAGCCGGCUGAGGCAGGAGAACCUCCAGCUCGUGCACAGAGCCAAUGCCCUGGAGGAACAGCUGAAGGAGCAGGAGCUGAGGGCCCAGGAGAUGGUCCUGGAGGAGGCGCGGAGGCAGAGGGAGCUCUUGUGCAAGAUGGGGAGAGAGAGGAGCAUCGAGACGGAGGGCCUGCAGGCCAGGCUGCAGCAGCUAGAUGAGGAGAACAGCGAGCUGAAGGCCUGCGUGCCUUGUCUGAGGGCCAGCAUCGAACGCCUGGAAGAGGAGAAGCAGAAGUUGCUGGAUGAGAUGGAAGAGCUGUCGCUGCGGCUCGGUGCCGAGCAGGAGCACAGGAAGAAGCUGGGGGACAGGCUGAGCCAUGAAAAGCACCAGUUCCAGAGGGACAAGGAGGCCACCCAGGAGCUGAUCGAGGACCUGCGCAAGCAGCUGGAGCACCUGCAGCUGUUCAAGCUGGAGGCUGAGCAGAGGAGGGGCCGGAGCAGCGGCGCAGGCCUGCAGGAGUACAGCAGCCGCGCGCGGGAGAGCGCGCUGGAGCAGGAGGUCCGCAGGCUGGAGCAGGAUAACCGCAACCUGAAGGAGCAGAACGACGAGCUCAACGGGCAGAUCAUAACCCUGAGCAUCCAGGGCGCCAAGAGCCUCUUCUCCACGUCCUUCUCCGAGUCCCUGGCGGCAGAGAUCAGCUCCGUCUCCCGCGAUGAGCUCAUGGAAGCGAUUCAGAAGCAGGAAGAGAUCAACUUCCGCCUGCAGGACUACAUUGACCGGAUCAUUGUGGCCAUCAUGGAGACCAACCCAUCCAUCCUGGAGGUCAAGUAGAGGCAGGAAGACUCAGCCCUGCUGGACUCAGGAUCCCACCAACACCCCAGAUGGCCACGGCACACACGGCCAAGACCAGCAGGUCCCACACCCUCCGAGGGGGAGCAUACAGCCGGGCUGGGGUGCACAAAGACGGGGCUGCAGGAGCAGGGCUCAGAGGGACAAGCCCCAGGAAGCCCUGGGAGGGCCGCCCCUGCACAACUGUGGGAGUGUUUCUCAGGCGUGGGCGAGCACCUCUGUGAGCUCCCCUCCGUGGUCCUGCCCUGCGGGAGGAGGGGACGGAUGUGCCCACAGGGGCGCUGCCUCUUGCACCCACACGGGCCUGACUGGUGCCCCAAGCCUCAGCCGCUCCUGGACAGUGCAGAGGCCCCGGGACCCUCACACCAGAUGUGGUGAGGGUUGGACAGGCAGGUGAUGCCAGUGCAUGUCAGCAUCUAGCCAGGAGCUGCAGGACUCCUAGCUUCUCUGGGGCUGUCCGGGCCACCACCCAGCUGAAGGGGCACUGUAGUCCAGCUGCAGGCCUAGGGGCCUCUGGGCCACACAGCUGUCCUCACAGCCAGACCCCCACUACAGUGACCCUCAGGGCUCUGACCCUCCUGUGGGGCUGGGGUUGGGACAGAAGCCUCCACCCUGAAAUCAGGACUCGAGGGUAGCCACGUGGUGGGGUAGAUGUUGCUGGCCCCCUAACUGCCAAGGUGCAGGCAGGGUCGUGGUGAGGUGCUGCCUCCCAGUGGGUAUGGCCUUCCUGGAGUCCUGUCAUCAUGUGCGUAGGUUGCCCAUGACCUCUGUUUCCCAGGCCAGAGUUCAAAGUCUGGAACCACAUUUUCUCUGGGAGUUCGAGGUUACUGAGUGGGUGCAUUCCACAAGGCACGCGGAGGCCAGACAGGGCAGGCUCGCCAAGCACACACACCAAGAGCAGCGCAGGGCCUUCCUGGCAGCUUGGGGGUUCCUUUAAGGAAGUCUCUGCUCAGCGGUGUGCUGCCCAGGGCAAGAGUCACUGCACACAGACCGCCCGCUGCGUGUGAGCGUGUGUGCGUGUGGGAGCCUGUGUUGCCCUGUGUCCCUCCACCCUCCGUGUGGCCCACCUGCUACACGAAGAUUUAAGAUGUUGUCUGGUAUUGUACAUUUGGGGAAAAGCCUUGGGUGUAAAUCAGUGUAAAUACAAAGGAGAGAUUUUUCUAUCAUGUAGAGUAGGUAUUUUUUAUAGAUUGAAGGUUGAUCAAUUUUUUAAUACAAUCCAAGAGAGAAAACUGUAUACACAUGAAAUAUAUAUAUAUAUAUGUAUGAUAAUAAACACUGGAACUCUG